GGGAAGAGCCCCCCCCUCCCCUCCACACCGGCCCAGGUAGCCAGUCCCCCCCCUUCCUCCCCAUCCAUGUGGACCCACCAGCUGUUGCCACUCGGACUCUUCCUCCACUCCGUCCUGGCCGUCCCGCUGGCAGAAAACAAAGGGAAAAGAAACCCCCUUCAUGACUACAAGAAAACAGCGGAAACCUCGUUAAUAAGGACAGACAAGGCACUGAAAGUGAAAACCAAGCUGCUAAAUACGACGGAACAGUGUGCGAAGAGAUGCAACCGAAGUAAAGGACUUUUAUUCAUUUGCAAGGCUUUCGCGUUUGACAAAACAGACAAACGUUGCCACUGGUUAUCUUUUACGAGCCUAGAAAAUGGAGUCAGGAAGAAACAUGACAACGCCUUCGUUCUCUACGAAAAGAAAGACUACAUCCGAAAUUGUAUCAUUGGCAAAGGAGCAACCUACAGGGGAAAUAUAUCGGUCACAAAAAGUGGGAUCGAGUGCCAAGCCUGGAAUUCGACCAUACCUCACGAACACAGCUUUUUACCUUCGAGCUAUCGAGGUAAAGAUCUUCAAAGGAACUAUUGCCGGAAUCCACGAGGAGAAGAAGGUGGCCCUUGGUGUUUUACCAGCAAUCCAGAAAUACGUCACGAAGUUUGUGCGAUUCCCCUCUGCUCCGAAGUUGAGUGCAUGACGUGCAAUGGAGAAGGCUAUAGAGGUCCAAUGGAUCAUACCGAAACAGGCAAAGAAUGUCAACGUUGGGACCUUCAGAGACCACACAGACAUCCUUUUCGUCCAGAAAAAUACCCCGACAAAGGCUUUGAUGAUAACUAUUGCCGCAAUCCGGAUGGUAAACCGAGGCCGUGGUGUUACACUCUUGACCCAAACACCCCCUGGGAAUUUUGCUCAAUUAAAACAUGUGCUCAGAAUGUGGUACGCAGUUCCUUGGCGGUAAUCGAAACAACUGAGUGCAUUCAAGGACAAGGAGAAGGCUACCGGGGUACCGUGAACACCAUCUGGAGUGGGAUUGAAUGUCAGCGCUGGGACUCUCAGGUGCCUCACCAACAUAACUUCACGCGGGAGAACUUUAAGUGCAAGGAUUUGAGAGAGAACUAUUGCCGAAAUCCAGACGGAGCUGAGGUACCCUGGUGCUUUACGACUAAUCCAAAUAUUCGGAUUGGAGAUUGUUCCCAAAUCCCAAAAUGCAACACAUCCACGGAAAAAGAUUGUUUUCGAGGAAAUGGGACGAAUUAUAUGGGCAAUUUAGCCCAGACACGGUUCGGCUUGACUUGCUCUAUGUGGGAUAAAAACAUUCAAGAUUUAAGAAGGCACCUCCCUAUAUAUAAAGACCUAGAUAUAGGGAAGGUGAAGAAAAAUUACUGUCGCAAUCCAGAUGACGAUGCUCACGGACCUUGGUGUUACACCAGCAAUCCUCAGAUCCCUUGGGACUACUGUCGUAUAUCCAGAUGUGACAGUGAUCCAGUUUCAAUGAUGAGCAGUUUAGACAUUCCUAUCAUUCCGUGUGCUUCGACUAAGCAUCUAAGAGUUGUUAAUGGAAUCCCUACGCAACCUGAUAAGGGAUGGAUGGUCAGCUUGAAAGACAGCAGAGGCAGACAUUUUUGUGGAGGUUCACUGGUGAAAGAAGAUUGGGUCCUGACAGCCAAACAGUGUUUUCUCUCUCGGCAUAAUCUCAAAGACUAUCAGGCUUGGCUUGGAAUCCAUAAUGUGGAAAGAGCUCAUGAAGAAAAACAUAAGCAAGUUCUGAAUAUUUCCCAGUUGGUCUAUGGGCCUGAAGGAUCUGAUAUAGUAUUAUUAAAACUUUCCAGACCUGCAGUAAGCAACAAUGCUGUAGCUAUAAUCCGCCUCCCCAUUUCUGGUUGCACCAUUCCAGAUGGGACCACCUGCAGUGUUUAUGGAUGGGGGCACACAGGAACAAGAAAUUUUGACGGGCAACUUCAGGAAGCAAAUAUGAUCAUUAUGGGGAAUGAACGCUGCAAUCAAGAUUUUGGAGGAAACGUAGUGCCGAAGGAAUCAGAAAUGUGUGCUCGAGCUGAGAGCAUCGGCAGUGGAACUUGUGAGCGGGAUUACGGUGGACCACUGGUCUGCGAGCAGAAUAGAAUUAAGAUUGUGGUGGGGGUGAUCAUCCCUGGACGAGGAUGUGCGGUUCCCAAACGGCCUGGGAUUUUCGUCAAGGUGGCCUAUUACUCCAAAUGGAUACAUAAGAUCUUAAUGACGUACAGGUCAUAGCCGAAGAACCCUGCCAAGGAAAAAAAAAUGCCAAUUUUAGGGACAUUGGAGGAAGGUGGGAAACUGCAUUGUAAUAGAAAAAAACCUGGACUUUUCUUUUUUUUUUUUUUUUUUGAAAAAAAAAUGUCAUCCAUCAAAUAUUUACUUGAUAAUAGUCAGGUUUAACAGGUAUCUGUGGCUCUUCCUGUCCCAUUCUGCCGCUGGCUGCAUCGUGUGGGGUAAGCAAAAUGUGGUGACUUAUUUCCUGAAUAUACUUGAAUAGGAAAGCAAAUCUGCUAAUAUGGUGGUUGGAUAAAUGCACAUUCUCUAUAAUUAGCCAAGUUGUUUUUCUUCUUCUUCUUCUUCUGGGCUGCUUGUUAAUGAGACAUAAACAUUCUUUUCAAUUUUCAAUAUUGUUCGUUACCUACAACCCACUCUGAAUUUAUCUUUAAGAUGCCAUAAAAUAUAUGUACAGGUUCAGGGACAGCGUCAUCUCUUUAUUGUUUAUAUGUGUGUUGAUUCCUUUAUCAGUGGCUUUCUGGAUGUGCAACCCAGGGGAGCAAUGAAUUCACAAAGUCUAUUCCAUCCUAAUAGUGAAAGUCAUCCCUACAAAGAGAAUGUAAUUUUUCUAGAGGUGUCCAUAAAUGGAUACCAACAUGGGUAUAAGUUCUACUAGCUUUCUAUGUCCAAGGUUGUUUUUACUCUGACAGCCAUCUCCUUCUUCAUUAAUGCAAUUACAUAUAGAAAUGAAGAACCACCAUUAGGAAGUAGGGUGGAAAACAGCAAACAUCUAGUUAGACUUAUCUAAAGGGCUUCUUUGGAAACUAAGCAUAUUGUUUCCUUUAAGCAAAAUUUGGCUCUUAUUGUUUUGGACCAGGGGUCUUCAAAAGUUGGCCCUUUGAUGACUUAUGGACUUCAACUCCCAGAAUUCCUCAACCAGCAUGCCUGGCUGAGGAAUUCUGGGAGUUGAAGUCCACAAGUCAUAAAAGGGCCAAGUUUGAAGACCCCUGUUUUGGACCUAGAAAUUUCAACCCACCCCAUUUCUCUUUGUUCAGCUAUUGCUUCUCCUCUAGAACGUAAACUUUCUAAACAACUUUGCCUUCUAAAUGUUCUGCCACUAUCUCUGGCCUUUUGGCUGUAAGUUAUUAUUCAUUCACUCAUUUGUUCCAGCGCUCCUUCAUAUUUGCCAGUCUUCUGCACAAAAUUCUAAAUCUGAAUAUACAGUAAACCUAGGAUUUGGGGUUGGAGAAAAAGCAGGGGAUGGUUGGGAGUUUACUAAGCAGCUGAUCAUCCCAUUAUAUAAUAUAUAAAAUUUCAAAUUAUGCCACAGAAAUGGUUAGUGCACCAAUAUCCCUUACCUACUAUCCCUUUAAAAUUCUACCAGAUCAAGAAUGCUUACCCUCAGCUAAAACCCUUAUUUUACAGUCACGUUCCCAACAAAAGCCAUCAUGGAACUGAUCAUUUUAAUCUAGCAUAAAAUAAAAUACCUUGAUCUUUUUUAACGAGAAUUUAGAAUCAGAGUGAUUUAAAAAAAAACAAAAACCCAACCAUCCAUUUUUUGAAAGAGCUGUGUUGUGUUUUCUUCAGCGUAUUUACUUCAGUUUGCAUUCGUGUCCUGGAAGACUGUUUUCAGAUUUUUAGAAGCACACAAAUGUUUAUUGUAUAGAAAAAACUCCUGUUCUCCCAGGGGCAUAUUGAGAGUCAUCGCUAACCUUAGUUCUCUUGCGCCUCUAUCUGUAUAAUACAUGGAUUUUCCAAUCUGUCGUUCUUGCAUCCACAUUUUAAAUAUGUUCUAAACGUGCAUUUCUAUAUGUAAGGUGUGAAGCAUUCCAUAAUUUUUAGUUCAGUUGUACCUAUUACACUAAGUUCCUGGUAUAUGGAUGCCCUAUUAUAUUAGCUGUUUAAUAUCAGCACAGGGAGACAAAUAUCAACUAAUGAGGUCUAGAAGGCUUUUGUGUAUUUUUGCUGGCCUUUUGUUCAAAGGACUUGUAAUUAAUUAUCUGGCGGCAUAUUCAGAACUUUAUGAGAACUAAAAUAUCUUAAAUUCAAAAUGGGGUUGUAGCAAUUAAUGAAAGUCAUGUUUCCAAUACUUAGUGUGAACUUACGUUUUCCAGUUCUGAACUAGAAUAUAAUCCAAUACAAGGUAGAUCUAAAUUUUACUUUAGUCAGGUUUUUUUUUUUAAAAAAAGCUUGAGUAAAUUACUGUUACUUUUCCAAACUGUAAGAUAUUUUGCAAAUGUUUUCCCUCUCUGCCUCCCUAUCCCUCUUCAAUUGUAUAUAUUUGUAUGAUGUACAUGAAAAGAAUAUUCAUGACACUAUAAAUGUAAUUUGUUUUGCUUUCCCCCCCUCAAGGUUUAUGUAUUCUCUGUAAUAUGUGAAGGCAUUUUGUAUUAUGUACGCAGGCCUUUCUGUUCAGUGUAAUAAAAAUUAUUCUGAAAUAUUAUAAGCUUCUGCUGGGCAGAAGACAAUAUGAAUUUAUAUAUAAAAUAUGUAUAGGGGUAUUAUUACAUUAUAUGUAAGGCUUCUUGGGACAUUUGCUGUGAGUUGAGACUCAUUAGAAUGAUUUUAUAGACUUGACUACUUAUAAAAUUUCUGGCACCUCCAA